AUGGCUUCCAGCAAGCUUCAGCUAACAUCUUCCAAAAUAGAACCAGCAGACGUCCGACCAAUCGUCAUCUCGGGCCCUUCAGGCGUCGGCAAGGGGACCCUGAUUCAAAUGCUCCAAGACGCACAUCCCGGCGUCUUCACAAGAACAGUCUCCCACACCACGCGUAAACCUCGCGUCGGCGAGGUAGAAGGGGUCUCCUACUUCUUCGUACCGGACGGCAGAUUUGGAGCAAUGGUCUGGAACGACGCAUUCGUCGAAUAUACCUUCUUCGGCGGCAACUCCUACGGCACCAGCCAGCAGAACCUCGAAGACCAAAUGGCAACAGGCUUGGUGGUGAUCCUGGAGGUCGACGUCGAAGGGGUCAAGCAAAUGCGCCAGGCUGGGACGGUCGACGCUCGUUAUAUCUUCAUCAAGCCGCCGAGGUUUGAUACACUGGAGACGCGGCUCCGGGGACGCAACACGGAGACUGAAGAGAGCAUAGAGAAGAGACUUGAGCAGGCAACGCGCGAGCUUGAUCAACUAGGCUACUACGACAUGGUUAUCAUGAAUGAUGAUCUCGCUGAGACAUAUAAGAAGCUUGAGGCGUUUAUUUGGGGAUCAACAACCAGAUGA